UCUGCCAACCUUUUACCAACCCCUGAAUAAGUAUCUUCUGUUUCAUCUUCCAUGGAUCUUCUUCGAAUUCUUGAUGGCACGCCGGAGCCACCGAUCAUCAACCCUGACCUCUCGCACCCUAACCUGUCGGGGGACUAUUCGCUUCUCGCAGGGAUGCUGGACUUUCAGAAGGAGUUAACCGACCAGAUCGUAUCUUCGCACUACUCCGACAUCUUGAAGUUCUCAGAACUUGUCAAGACCGAGGUUUCCAAGGAAAACAGCUAUCUCAUCGAUUCCAUGAAGACAAUGCACUUGAACCUCUCGCUCGUGGCGUCGCACCCCUACUUGCUCAUCAAGCACUUCAUGCCCAAGACCCUCACGGCCAGAGACAUGCCUAACCGUUUGAAGGAGACCUCGGGGAAGUUCAAGGUCUUGGGUGACUUGAUGCGCUGCAUCCAGGACAUUCCGGAGUUCCGGAACGUCGGCAUCAUCUCCCGGACUGCGAACCGCACCCACGACAUGCUCGAGGCAAUGUUGAUUGGCUACAAGUGCAAUGUGAAACGUUACGAAGGGACCACGUUGAAAAAGGAGACGCUGAAGAAAAAGACUCACGACUUUACCGUCCACGUCUUGCCCUCCACGUACGACGUGGUCAACGUGGAAUUUGACUUUUCCGGCAAGUUGGACCUACUCAUCUCGUUCGACAUCUCCACCAACACAGAGUCGUACCAGCCACUCCUUCACCAGCGCGCCAACGGCCAGCGCGCCUCUGUCAUCCGCAUAAUCCCCAGCAACACCGUUGACCACAUUGCGCUCAACUUUCAGCCCCACGCCAAGCAAUACGACGCGAGUUCCAUCGGGAUGGAUACACUCAAGGAUAUCACCAAUGCCGCGGUGAUUCUUCGCGACAGGGUUGGCCUAAUUCCCCCGGACUUGAGACCCAUCUACAACACCGAUUUGAAAUUUCUCUCCGAGUGGUUCCGCUCGCUCGUCAUGGAGCAGCCGCAUGCGCCUCGCCUCGCAUGGCCGCUCCCGGAGCUCCACGCAAUUCCGAAGUACUCGUCCUGGGACGUGGAAAAAUCACUCUUAACGGAGGUCAAGUUCGACUUCAACUACGACGAGGAGGUGGAGGGCGAGCCAACGCCGGAGCCCGCUCCUCAGAAGAACCAGACUGCUUACUAUGAAUCCAAACGAUUGAGGAAGGACUACAUUGAGAAUCCUUUGAAACAGGACCCUCAGGAGUUGUCUGGGAUCAAUCUCAACACCAACCAGGGCGAAACCCGGCGCUUUCUCAACCCCAACGUCCUAACCCACCGUCUCAUCUACGAGCUUAGUCGUGAGUACCGCCGUUUUGAGCUUGCCACAAGGGAGUUACGAUCAUUUGAAGACCACGAGGCUAAGCGAGCUGAGACGACACGGCAAAACACAGUUGUCCAGGCGGCGAUUUUGAGAGAGAUUAACGAUAUGAAGUUUCUGAUUGAAGCGGGCAAUAUCAAAUAUGGCAAGUAUGAAUGCAAUAUCGCGGUGGCGCGGGAAAAGAUCGUCAGCUUACAGGCGGAGAUUCAAAAAAUUAGAGAUGAAGUUGGUACUGAUCCCCCAAACGAAGCUGUCAAAGGAUCCUCGGACAAACGGCAGGAGAUUCAGAACCUGAUACACAUUGAGGACUUGAAGCUGGAGGUUCUUGAGGCCUCCAACCGAUCCGCCAGCUUGAAACAGGAGUCAGAGUACAUGUCGAAUGAGAUCCAACGCGCGCAGGAUGCCACCCGGGACUCGGAGGCUGAAAUCGUCCGUUUGGCAACGGAAAACGCAGAGCUUGAGCGGAAAUUCGCGGCGUUAUUCAGCGACAUUGACCAGGCGGAUAUCAGCGAGGAGAUGAUAAAAUUACAGACUAGCAUUACUGAGCUUUCCCUCGCAAACACGGCCUUGGAAGAGAAAAUGAACCAGGGGUUGACGAUUUUGGUGCAUAGACGAAAUUAGCCUUGAAUGAUUGUGUUAGUGUGUAUACAAGUCAACUUAGGGUAUAAACGAAUGCGUGUGGA